CGGAGGAUAAUUUGGAACGUUUAGUGAUGGCGGCUGACGUUUAUCGAGAUUUAAUGGAUAGAUUAAACAAGGCUUCUAAACAUUUUAGUAAGGCUUUAAAGGAUUAUGGAAAUGGCAAAGGAUUGGAAACUACGUAUGUUAUGUGCAUGCAGACAUCAUCCCAGUUUUAUGAAAAUCAUGCUGAUGUUUUAGGAAAAUUGGUAUUAUGUCAAAAUAAAGUUUUACAAAAAGAUUUUGACCUGCUUCAAAAGCUUUGGGACAAGUACUCCAAAAGAGCAAUCAAAGAAGAAAAAGCUCAUAAUGAUUAUGUUGGUGAUUUAGAUAGACAAAUAAAAAAAAUUGGCAAGGAUUAUGAGAAGAAAACAAAAAGAGAUAAUCAACCAGCCUUGGAUUCAUAUGAUGUAAAGAAGACUAAAUGCGUAUUGUGUGUGCUUUUAACAGUGUUCCUAAAUGAGCCGGCUCAAUGA